UUAAAUAAUGGUAAGGCGUGGUGGCUAGUGUGAACGUAAAGUCCGUUUUAAUAUAAUUGCGGGUUUAAAAUGAUGCUUCAAUAAUAUGAUGACCGGCUAUUUACUAGACUUUUUUGAACAGUGCUUGUGGAUCACCAAGAGUUAAAACAAAAUUAUGGCUGGAAACGAAGCACGGUCUGAGUUAACGGACGGGAACACUGAAUCAUUAUUAAUGAUCCAACGAACUGCGUUCACGGUGCAAUCUUUUGAAGAACAAUAUCGAAGUAAUUAUGUUCACUCUACCAACUAUGAGAAGCAAAAAGUAAGGAUAGGCAUCAGUAAGCUGUCUUUAGUCAACUUCAUGUAUCAGUUGCUCCCUAUUCUGAAGUGGCUCCCAGCAUACAAACUGAGAGAUUAUGCCGCAGGCGAUUUAAUGGCCGGACUAACAGUUGGAAUUGUUUGUGUACCACAGGGUAUGGCAUUUUCCUUGAAUGCAAAUCUGGCUCCAGUUUAUGGCCUUUAUGUAUCGUUGUUUCCUGUUCUUGUUUAUAUUUUGAUGGGCACAUCGCACCACCUGUCUAUGGGUACAUUCGCAGUCAUAAGUAUAAUGGCAGCAAAUGCGGUGGAGAAGUUAUUGGCAGAUGUUGAUUUUCUUGCGCUGUCAAUGGACACUGGUGGGGCUUCAUCGGCAGAUGAGCUACAGCAAAUAGAAUGGUUGAAGGCUCACACGGCCCUUUGCUUGCUCGUUGGAAUAAUGCAGGUUAUCAUGGGAAUAUUAAGAUUAGGAUUUGUGACAAAGUAUCUCUCGACCCCUAUUCUGCGAGGAUUCACAACAGGGGCCGCUUGUCAUGUUUUGACAAGUCAAUUUAAAUAUAUGUUUGGUUUAGAAAUUACUGCAUCACCAGGCCCUUUGUCAAUUGCAUAUGUAUAUAUGGACAUUCUUUCUAGCCUGCACAAGUCCAACCUAGCAGCUAUUACAGUAUCUAUUGUUUCUUUAAUCGCUCUUGUUACGGCCAAGGAAAUUAUGCAAAUAUACAAAAAGAAGUUUAAGAUGCCUAUGCCUAUUGAGCUUAUAGUGGUUACUGGUUCAAUUGUAGGAUCACAUUUCCUUAAAUGGAAUGAGAAAUACAGAUUAGAUAUCCUUGGCAACGUACCGACUGGAAUUCCAGGCCCGAGUUUACCCCCAAUUAAAUACUUUUCUCGUCUGAUAGCAGAUGCAUUUGUGAUAGCCAUUGUGGCGUUUGUGUUAAACAUAUCGCAGGCAAUAAUUGUUGCUAGCAAGAAUAACUACCGAGUUGAUUCCAACCAGGAAUUCAUUGCAUAUGGCUGUGGGAAUGUAGUUGGCUCUUUCUUCUCAUGCUUUACGGCUUGUGCGGCACUUGCAAGGACACUCAUUCUGGACAAUACUGGAGCCAAAACCCAGCUAGCUUCUUUUAUACAAUGUCUGUUUGUGUUGGUGGUCCUACUUGCCCUAGGGCCAUUAUUUGAACCACUUCCAAAGUGUGUCCUGGCCUGUAUUAUAACAGUAGCUUUAGCUGGAAUGUUCCGUCAAUUUGCAGACCUCAAAGUUCACUGGAAAACCAGGAAUUGGUGGGAUCUGAUCACGUGGUUGGUAACAUGGUCAUCGGUUACAUUUAUUGGAGUGGAUAUUGGUCUUCUUGUCGGAGUUGCAUUUGCUUUUCUAUUGGUUGUCAUACGUACACAGAGACCUAAAUGUGUAAUGUUAGGACACAUUAAAAAUACGGAAAUAUAUAAAGAGAUAAGCACAUAUGACCAGUGUGAACCAUUAUCUGGAUUCAAGAUAUUUCAAAUGAGGGCAUCACUGUACUUUGCAAAUGCGGAUUAUUUCAAAGAUAAACUUGUGGAAAUGACGACCAUAAACCCUUACGAUAUCUCAGAGAAGCAGAACAAACAAGAUGAUAGAAACACAAAUGUUAGCGUUACUAAAAGGAAAUCCAAAAAUGUAAUUUCUGAAAAUAUUGGAGUGAAUGAGUCUAGAUGUAAGGGAAUUGACCCGGAAGCAGUUGAUCUGGAAGGGGGAACACAAGAAGGGCCGAUCCACACAUUGGUUAUUGAUUGUGGCUUCUUCUCAUUCCUUGAUUCUGUUGGUGUGACAACGCUUGAUGAUGUUAUUAACAGAUACAGUGCGAUUAAUGUUACUGUAGUUUUGGCAAAUUGCAAAGAAACAGUUUUGAACACUUUAGAAAGUCAAACAUUUUUUGAAGAACAUAGCAAGGAUCGAUGUUUCCCCUCCCUCCACGAUGCCAUCAUAAUCAGACAGAAGCAACAUGAAAAAGAUAUAUUGGACAAGUAUUCAAAUAUAUUUGAAAGUGAAGUACAAGCUGAAGAGGCAUGUAUAGAAGCUACUGCAAACUGAAUCUGAGUAAGCUAAUGAGAGAAAGUUGAAUCUGGGCAAGGAUUCUGGACAAACUGAAUCUGGGCAAGCUAAAUUUCGAGUAAACUCAACUUGGGCUUGCUUAAUCUGGGCAUGUAAUCUAGGCAAGCCAUAUCCGGGCAAGCUAAAUCUGAGUAAACGCGACCUGGGCUAGCUGAAUCCGGUAAAAUAAUCUGGGCACGCUGAAUCCGAGCAAGCUAAAUCUGCGACAACUGAAUCUUCUGGGCAAGCUUAAUCCAGGCAAGCUGAAUCAGUCAGCCGAGUCUGGGAAAACUAGAUUGUGCAAAACGGAAUCUCGGCAAGUUAUAUUAUGAAAAGAGUGUUGGGUUUUAAUUCAUAAUUUGUCACCAACACUACUACCAUAUUCACUGUUGGAAAAAAUUUAAUAAAUUAAAGUCGUCUUCUCUCAAAUCAUAACCCGUCAAAUUAAAGACCUUUUCUCUGAGCAGCGGGAUGAACACCAAUCUGUAAUGCCCGAUUUUGUAAUUAAACUUAACUAUAUAAGCCUUGGUCCCUACAAUGGUCUUUAAUUGGAGGGAGGCCUGUAUUACAGUAAUGCAGUGUAUGUAAAUAUACCUACUGUGCAACCUAAUUCACAAUGUUAUCUCUUUAAGGCUCAAGUUUGUCAAUAACACAUAAUCUGUGUGAAUUUUA